AUGGAAAUCAAAGCUCUGCGCAAGAGCGGCAAGAAAAAGGUCGCCCAGUUCUACGAAGAGCAGAACGAGCUGAUCGAGGAGUUGCUCAAGCCCAUCGAUUACAAGGACGAAGAUGAAGAGGCCCGUCUGCUGAAGCUCAAGAUAGCCGUCUAUGGCUCUGUGGGCGCCAAUGUCCUGCUGUUCUUCCUGCAACUCUACGCCGCAUUGGCAUCCAAGUCGCUUUCGCUGUUUGCCACGAUGGCAGAUGCCUUCAUGGAUCUGGCCUCGUCCCUCGUGUUGCUUCUGGCCGCCCAUGCUGCCACCAAGAAGGAUCUGCAUCGCUAUCCGACCGGCAAGACCAAGCUCGAGACGGCCGGCAUCAUUGUCUUUUCCAGCUUGAUGGCGACAGUUUCGUUCCAGCUGAUUGUCGAAAGUAUCCGCAAUCUCUCCCAGCAAUCCACCGAUGUCGAUGUCAGCCCCGUGGGUCUCACCUGCGUUGGUGUUGCGCUGGCCACAAAGGCAGGCCUGUUUCUGUACUGCUCGGCGCUUUCCCAGUACCAGAGCGCCAGGGUUCUGGCAACCGACCACCGCAACGACAUCAUCGUCAAUGGCUUUGGCAUCGCCGCCUCGGUGAUCGGCAAAUACUAUUUGUGGUGGAUCGAUCCCGUUGGCUGCAUUCUCAUUGCUCUCCUGAUUCUGCGGUCAUGGACCCAGACGGCCUGGGAGCACAUUUGCAAGAUUGUCGGCGAGACGGCCGAAGUUCCGUUCCUCAAAAAAUGCACCUACGUGGCUCUCACGCACGACCCCCGCAUCGACCAGGUCGAUACUUGCUACGCCUACCACUCGGGCGACAAGUUCUUUGUUGAGGUCGAUGUUGUCCUCAACGCCGACAUGAAGCUCCGAGAGGCACACGACAUUGGCGAGAGCCUGCAAAUGAAGUUUGAAAGCCUCAGCGAUGUCGACCGGGCCUUUGUCCAUCUGGAUUUUGAAUCUGCGCAUACCCCCGAGCACCGGGAGAAGGACAAGCGAUCGAUGUGA